GCGGGAGGCGGCAGCGGCGCUGGGGCAUCUCCGCCCGCCGCCGCCGCAGCCAUGAAGCCCCCGGCAGCCCAGAGCCCGGCCGGGCAAGCGCCGGGGGAGGACGGCGGGGACCUGGCGGAGGCGCUGGGCGAGUUCGACGCAGUUCUGGCCGAGUUCUCCUGCCCCGCCGGCCGGCGCCGCUUCUUCUACGGUGAGCACCUGGAGCGCAUGAAGCGGCGGAGCAGCGCCAGCGUCAGCGACGGCAGCGGCCUCAGCGACUCCGAGAGUGCAGAUUCCCUCUACAGAAAUAGUUUCAGUCUCAGUGAUGAAAAGCUCAACUCUUCAACUGCAUCUACUCCAAGCUUGCCAUCCCCUUCAGUAACUCCCUGUAAAGCAAAGCUUGGAGACACAAAAGAGCUGGAGGACUUCAUUGCUGAUCUUGACAGAACACUAGCAAGUAUGUGAAAUGAGUUUUCAGCAUUGUGCUUGCAUGUGAAUGUCCUCUGAAGGAUAAGUGACAUCAAUCAGUGAGAACUGCUGCCCUUGUCUGAUAACUUUGCUCAAGAUACCCUCUGAACAUAAUCUUUGUGAACUCCUACAAGUAUUUAACUGGCAACAUUGGUUUCGGGGUUUGGGGUUUUUUUGGGUGUUUUUGGUUUUGUUUGGUUUUUUUUUUUUUUUUUACUUUGCAGCAGAUGGAAUAACUUAAAUGUUAGAGUUGUAUUUUGCUUUAAAAUAUAGCUUGAAUUUUAAUUUAAAGUUGCUUUUAUGCAAAUAUAUUUGUAAUUUUAUAUAGUUGAAGACUUUAAUGCUUUUCUCCAUUAUAAUAUAUUUUUGUAUGCAAAUAAAUCCUGAACUGAAAUCCAGAUGUCUGUAAGCUUCCUGUGAACAUGCAAACUCUGAAAUAUAAGCACAAAUUAAACUUUU